GUCAAGUGUGCAAACUUUCCCCCCGCAAGUCGCAGCAAAAGGCUCCGGAGCGCCGCAGGAGCAGCAGCGGGACCAGAGGCUAAAAGAAAAUACAUCCCAUCUGGUCUAAAAUUCAACUUGAGGAGACUCUUGAAGAGCAGUUUUUCUUUCUUUUUUUAAGCAAAAUGAACAUUUUCAGGGAAACAUUGUUUUUCUAUUGGAUGCUUUUGUGCGUGGACUUCUGCCUAAGCCAGAAAGACUGCACAGGUGUAGACUGUCCAGUCCUGCAGAACUGCAUCGACACAGUUUUAGAGACAGGUUCCUGCUGUCCCAAAUGCGCACAAAAGGGCUGCAACUGUGAAGGGUACCAGCUCUAUGACUGCGACCAAGCAGGCUUUGAGGAAGGGAAAGUCCCGGAAGGGGAAUCCUAUUUUGUGGAUUUCGGAAGCACCGAAUGCUCCUGUCCCCAGGGAGGAGGGAGGAUAAUCUGUCAUUUUAUUCUGUGCCCUGAAAUUCCCGCUAACUGCAUUGAGGUUUUACAACCAGCGGAUGGAUGUAUGCAGUGUGGGCGUGUUGGCUGCAUCGAUGGCGAUCAGAAGUAUGAGGCUGGAUACACAUUUCAGAUGGACCACUGCCAGGUUUGCCACUGUCCAGAUGUAGGUGGCAGGUUAAUGUGCUCAGCCAUCCCUGGCUGUGACCUUCAUAGUGAUAAGAACCCAAUGUGGGCAACAUCUACGGAAGGGAACAGCCCUUUGAGAGAGAUUAGCAGCAGCCGUGACACCCAACAAACAAGUCAUGUAGAGCCGUUUUCCAAGCUUGCAUUGGGAAACACUCUUCCACUGUAUAAGCAGGACCCACCCAGUUCUGGCUCAAAUGAUCAUGACUACACACUGGCAGAACCGACGUCUUCCACUAAUCAAAAUCUGGCCCAACCGCUGGAAUCUGCUACACCACCUCUAGUUUAUCCAGAGUCAAGCUCUGCUACCACCUUCUCUCAUGACAUCAGGAGACACGAGCAGAUGCAAACUCAAAAAAACCUAAAUCCAACGAGUAGCAGUGAGAAUGAGCUUGUACAAAACACGAGACCAGCCACCACAGGGGCUAGCAGCAAAGUUCAAACAUUGUUAUCAACCGCAGCCACGCAGAGAGUGAAGACAGAGAUCCACAGUCCACAACAGGAAACUGGAGAAGGGACCAUGAGAGCCAACACUGACGGAAGCAGAGUGGUGCAGGAAACUUUAAAAGACACAACAAAUACUCCCCGUACCAACAUUGGAGUCCGACACCCGCACAAACACAGCCAGAGCAGUCAUACCAGGAACCAUGGCCGCUCUCAAUCUGUCAACCACCCAGGACAUGAGAAAGAGUCCAUAAAGCCCGGGAACCCCCUUGGCAAAGAAGAACCGAGUUCAUUACCCACAAUCCUGUUCAGUCCCACCAGCAGAACUCCAAUAACCGUGAGGGAGGACAACACGGGGCCUCAAGUACAACCUGAAAACCUCCUCUACGAACUGACUGAGGUGCCAGGAGAACCAAAAGGGUCUGACAAAGAGCUGGUGAAGCUCUGCUGUGAGAGUGGACAAAAAUGGGCUUCAGCUAAUGGACACUGCAGCAGCAUGGAGCCACUAACAAAAGACAGGCGCUCUAUUUGCUGGUCUGCCCAACAACAGUGCUGCCUCGGUUCCCUGAGAGAGAGCCGAUGCUCAGCUGGAAUCAAUGCAGCCAGAGCAGGAAGUUCAUGUGAAGAGGACGCCAGCGCUGAAUGUGGAGUUGAUUCUUACAAGGAGUGCUGUGGCUGCUGCUCUCUCGGGCUGCAGUUCCGCAAAGAGGGGCAUCUCUGCGAAGCCCACCAGCAUCUAGGUUUCUACUGCCAGCACAUCUUUCUCACCUGCUGUGAGGGGAAGGAGCGUGAGGAGGGGAAGGAGGGGAAGGAGAGGAAGCACACAGUCAGAGAGAAGCCUACUUUGGACUCCACUCCACUGCCUAGAAAAGUGUCAGACAGCCCGUAUCCUAAAGAGGCCUUCUCCAUUGGCGAGGAGCAGGGAGGGGAGAACGCAGUGGAGGACCAGUUGGAAAUGGAAGACAUGGAUGAGUGCUUGAUAUAUGAGGGCAACGUCUGCCACCAAAGAUGCAUUAACACACCUGGCUCUUUCCGCUGCGAGUGCUUCCCUGGGUACGUGCUGCAGGAUGACGGCUUCACUUGCUUACAAGAGACGGUGGAUGAGCAGAACCAAGUGAGAGAGACCGACAGAGUUGCAGUGGAAACGACCUCACCGAGUCCACCUCCCACCCAGGCCGCCGUUCCAACCAACCCCUGUGAAGGAAAUGGCAUCUGCGAGCAACAGUGCACCCCGGUGGCCGGUCGGCCCUUGUGCUCCUGUUCGACAGGAUUUGCCCUCAGAGCUGAUGGACGCUCUUGUGAAGACAUAAACGAGUGUUUGUCUGCACGUGCCUGCCAGCCCAACGAGCGCUGCACUAAUACUGCAGGGAGUUAUGUCUGUCGGAGGCUGAUCACAUGUCCCCCCGGAUACCUGAUCAACAACGGUGCUUGUGAAGACAUCAAUGAGUGUGUGCAGGGAAGUAAUAACUGUGAAUCCGGCUUUGAGUGUGUGAAUACUGAGGGCUCGUUCAGGUGCAACCCCAAACCACAAUGUCCUGUAGGCUUCAGCAAGGACGCACAGGGCAACUGUUUAGAUGUUGAUGAGUGUGGUGCUUUGACCCAGCCUUGCAGACCAGGAUUCACCUGCAUCAACACAGUGGGAUCGUACAUGUGCAACAAGAUGAUAGCAUGUGGCCGUGGCUAUCACGCCAAUGCUGACGGAUCCAGAUGUGUUGAUGUCAAUGAAUGUGAAAGCAGCCUGCAGCAGUGUGGAGAGGGUCAGCUGUGCCACAAUUUGCCUGGUUCCUAUCGCUGCGAGUGCCAGACAGGGUACCAGUAUGACUCAUUCAGGAAGACGUGUGUAGAUGUAGACGAGUGUUGGCGCUACCCAGGCCGCCUUUGUGCCCAGACCUGUGAGAACACCCCAGGCUCCUACAAAUGCUCAUGUACCACUGGUUUCCGCUUAUCUGGUGAUGGCAAGAACUGUGAAGAUGUGAAUGAGUGUCUGACCAGCCGGUGCAGUCAGGAGUGUGCCAACAUCUACGGCUCCUACCAGUGCUACUGUAGAAAGGGCUACUACCUAGGGGAGGAUGGGCGCACCUGUGAAGACAUUGAUGAGUGUUCCCAAAGCACUGGCCAUCUGUGCACCUACAAGUGUGUGAACGUUCCCGGCAGUUACCAGUGCACUUGUCCUGAACUCGGCUACACCAUGUCUGCAAACGAACGAUCUUGCACAGAUAUUGAUGAGUGUGCCACGGGGGCCCACAACUGUUCUCUAGCGGACACUUGCUACAACAUCCAAGGAGACUAUCGCUGUCUUUCCCUGAACUGUCCGCCAAACUACCGCAAAGUGUCCGAUACGCGCUGCGAGCGGAUCAGCUGCCCCAACUACCUGCAGUGUCAAAACUCUCCUCUGAGAAUUACAUACUACUACCUCAGCUUCCAGUCCAACAUCAUCAUCCCUGCUCAGAUCUUUCGCAUCGGGCCGUCUCCCGCCUACUCAGGAGACAAUGUUAUUGUCACCAUCAUGGACGGAAACGAGGAGAACUACUUUAGCACAAGGAAGCUGAACGCGUACACGGGUGCGGUGUACCUGCAGCGACAGGUUCAGGGUCCAAGGGAUUUCCUAAUCACCGUAGAGAUGAAGCUUUGGAGACAGGGGACUUUCACCACUUUCCAGGCAAAGAUCUAUGUGUUCAUAACAGCUAACCUGCUCUAACAGCUGCUGGGCUGGCACAUCUCAUGAGGACGUUUCCAAUCGCUAUUUAACAACUCAUCACAACGCUCACUGUCGUGAGAAAUUUGAACAGCUGAUUCUGCUUAAAUAAAACAUUACUGUAAGUGAAAUAUUUCAUUAUUUAGUCAGAAGCUGUUGUUUUUUUUCUCAGACCGCAGAUGAUUCAAUGAGAGGUCAAUGAUGUUCCCACAAAAAAUAAAACGUUUUGACAUAAUUAGAUGUAUUUAAGACAUAAAAGCAGUCGUUACAUUUCCUCAUCUACAGCUCUGAUCCUACUUCUGUCACAUUUGUACUUGGACGCCUGCCAUUAAAGCAGAUGUUUUUUUAAUUAUAGGAAAGAAAUGUUAUAUAUCGUACUUCUUUUAACCUGCACUUCUGCUUUAGUUUUUUUUUUCCUUUUAAUUAUUUCACACUAAUUUAAUGUUACUCCAAGUGUAUGGUGUAUUUCUUUAUCCCAGUAUGAGACAUAUUAUGGAUGGAUGUACAAUAUUUUUUUUGCUGGAUUCAUAUAGCAGUUAAGUAUUUUAGUAAAAUA